AAUGAACUUGACCCAAAUUGUAAUGUCUUUAUGGGAAUUAGUACAGAAAAAAAUCAAGAAACCGCAUGUAAGUUAUUCAAGGAUGCAGCAAAAAGUAAUGUAAUAGCAAGUUUAAUCUUGGCUAAAAAAGAAAAUAG